AUGUCAGAUCAACGGGCAUCCACUUCGACGAACUCCGCCAAUGCCUUUCCUCAACCAUCCGGUGCUCCGCUGACAGUGCCCGAGCACAACGAUGGUCAGCUAUCUCCUGCGAAGUCUGCCUUCUCGUACGAGUCCCAGCCAAAGUCGCCAAUGCCGAGUGGCAUGGAAUUCAGCCGCAAAGACAUAACCAGGGAGAUCGAGCGUGGAGCCCCCGGAGAUAGAAAGGGAACUGCUGUUGGCCAACAGAACUCGAAGCGGAGGACGCAAUACUACGAGGAACAGUUUGCGUACAAGGACGACACGAGUACGGCACGAGAGAGGGCGAGGAAGACAUCUCCUAUAACCGUAGAGUUGAAGACGAACGUUAUAGUCAAUGACGAGCAGACCCUAGUGAACGAACUUUCAUGGCACCUCUCGAACCGCUACCAAAGACCUCCCUCCCUCAUCAUGAUCUUCGUGCAACAUUCCGCUCUCCUCUGUCUAGGCGGCACGUUCGACCCCGCAUAUCUCCUUACCAUCAGCGCACUCCCAGUACAAGUCCAGUCCGUAACCAACAAGCGCAACGCCGCCAUGAUCCAAUCUUUCAUGUCCGACCUCCUCAAUGUCACCUCCGAUCGAGGCGUAAUCCGCUUCGAAGCCAUACCUGAGGAGAACCUUGCCAUCAACGGCAAGACGAUUCUCGGCGAGGUCGAGCGGCUGGAGAAGCAGCAGGCAGAAGAGAACAACGGCCCCCUGAAGCGCGCCUUGACAAAGAGCUCGCGGAAGUCCAUCAUCAGCAGAAAAGACAGCCCCCAACUCUCGCGUAAAAGCUCCCUCAAGCCAGAGCGCGACCGCACGCUCUCGCCGCCGCUGAGUCCCCGCCCGGACGUCAUUCCUGAGAGCACAGCAGCUGCGAAGGACGGCGGCUUUACGCAUCGCAAGGGCUACCUGCUGGAGCUUUCUCCCGGCGAUGCAAAGGUCAACGGCCCACCGCCAGCACCGUCGAGCCACGGCCUCAAGGGGAAGAAAUCUUCGCCGGGCGUGCUGCAGAAUUACUCGCAUCUCACCCCGCCGCCUAUACCGCAGGAUGCACCGGCGCCGAAGAUGUCGAAGCGGAAGAGCUUCGUGAGUAUAUUCAAGAAAUUCUAA